UUUCCUCAAAGAAAAAUGCCGGAGAACAGAAACACCUACGAUCCUGCAAGCUUGCCUGAUCUGUUACCAAUUUAUUACAAAAAACUUUUCCCAUAUAGCCCAUACUUUCGGUGGUUGAAUUAUGGUGGAGGUAAACACUAAGCUUACAAGAUGUUACCAAAGACAUACUUAAGUCAGAGGGAGUUUUCUUUUACUUUAAAGGAUGAUAUAUACAUUCGUUACCUGUCAUUUUCAAGUGAAAAAGAGCUGUCUGAAGAGAUUCAGAAGAGAUGUCCAUACAAGAUUGACAUAGGAGCAGUGUUUUCUCAUAGGCCAAAGGAACACAAGACUGUGAAGGCAGCAGCAUUCCAAGCUCUGGAGAAGGAACUUGUGUUUGACAUUGAUAUGACAGAUUAUGAUGAUGUUAGAAGUUGCUGCAGUGGAGCAGAUAUAUGUGAUAGAUGCUGGCCUUUAAUGCAGAUAGCCAUAAAGAUAAUAGACCGAGCUCUAAGAGAUGAUUUUGGAUUUGAGCAUCUUUUGUGGGUGUACUCUGGUAGAAGAGGUGUUCACUGUUGGGUUUGUGAUGAGACAGCUAGAAAGUUAUCACAGAAUGGAAGAACAGCGAUAGCUGAGUAUCUCAGUGUUGUCAAGGGUGGUGAAAAUCAAACAAAGAAAGUUGUACUGGAAGACAGACCUCAUCCUUCUAUAAGGGCUGCAGUGGAAAUAAUCAAAGAUAGAUUCAAAGAUUAUGCCGUGAAAAAACAAGAUUUUCUUAGUGAAGAAGAGCAGAUAAAAAAAGUUCUCCAGCUGGUUCCAGAUGAAGAUUUCAAGGAAAAUAUAGAGAAAAACAUGGAGAAGUUUCAAAAAACAAAAGACAGAUGGCUUUUAAUGGAAACGUUUUGUAAUGAGAUUAGACAGAAAAAUGAGUUCAAGAAGUCUCAUAAUAUUACAGAAGAGAUAAUGCUGCAGUACUGCUACCCGAGACUUGAUGUUAAUGUCAGUAAGGGAGUGAACCAUUUACUCAAAAGUCCAUUUUGUAUACAUCCUAAAACAGGGAGGGUAUGUGUUCCUAUAGACCCGGAGAACAUAGAUGACUUUGAUCCUUUCACAGUACCAACUAUCAGCACGAUUGUUGAUGAACUUAACAAAUCAGAAAGUGGAUCAGAGGAAGGGAAAAGGAUUAAAGACUACAGACAAACAUCAUUAAAAUCCUGUAUAGAAGUGUUUGACAAAUUCUUGACACAUCUAGAGAAGACCUGGAAGGGCAAAUUGAUAGAACAAAGUGAUAUGAAAAUGGAAUUUUAGUCCUCUGUAUUCAGCUCUAACUGGCAUAAACGAAGGAUAACCGAAUAUACAGUAGAUGGAGAACAAGUCAUUUUUCAGCCAGAUUCCUCCACUGCAAACUUUUGAAAUAAAACAGUAGAGAUAGCUUUCCUUUUGCUCAAAGAAUAUGGACUGAUUUUUGUAAAACAAAUCUCUUGUCUUUGUCUGAACACUAUAAUUCUUAAGCAAGAUUUUUUUUUUCUUUACCUUCGAGUAAGAUGUGAGCAGUGUAUUGUUAUAUAUUUCUGACAUGUUAUAAUAUGGGAUGACCUUCAAUUCAUAGACAUAUAUGGAGAAAUGAGGAAAGUGCAAACUUACAAUCACUUUGCAGGAUGUUGAAUAUGUUCAUUAGUUUUAUACAGGCAUGUAAGAACAUUUUAAUUCCAGCCAUUCCUGCAAUUUUAGGUCAUGUUGCUUGGUCCCCAUGUUUGGAGACAUAUUGAUUUUGUCUUGUUCAUCCAUCAAUCUGUCACAGGUUUGUCCAGACUUCUCAGAAACUACUGGUGGGAUUUCAGCCAAUCUUAGUAAGGAUGCUCAGUACCAGUGCUAGUUUUUUGCCUAUCGUUGGCAUGCAUUUUAAUAAAAUAGCCUGUUAAAGGUCAGAUCUAUUUUUAGAUUAGCAAAUCAUUUCUGGUUUUUAGCUCACUGGAGCAGAAGUGUUCAAGGUGAGCUAUUGUGACCGGUCAUUGGCGUUCGUCGGCCGUCAACAUUUGCCUUAUGAACAUUAGUUUAAACUAAUAGCAUGAUAUUAUUUAGAAUCUUAAAAAUUUGAUAAUGGGAGGUUAUAAAAUUUCAAAAUAUUAGAAUUACUAUCAAGUACAAUGUAUAUUUAGGGUAAAGAGUAAUCUGGUAUAAUCAUUAAUUUUUUGUUUGUCAAAGGAAACAUAGUUUCUUUUUCUCUUGUAGGAUAGUUUUCAGUUAUAAAGGUCAAAGUUGCGGUGACGGCAUUCCCAAUAUCCAUUGAAAAGUCACCAUGUUGAGUAUAUAACAGCUCUUAUUUAAAUUUUGUUGAUUAUUUACAGCUACAGACAAAUUCUUAAAACAGGUUAGGUCAUUUCUCAUCUGACUUUAAAAACCAACACAAAAACAGCUAGUGUCACAGAAUGUCUUCACGAUAUGGCUGGAUUUUGUAUGUGAGAUCACCUUUCUGAUUAAAUGCUAUGGUAUGAGGAGAUGCGUGCUUUUACUCAAAGCAACCUCUAUUUUUUUUCAAAGUUCCUGAAAUUUUUUGGAACAUUCUAUGUCAAUAUCAUAUUUCUGUAUUUGAAAUAAAAAAUUAUUUAUCAGACUA